AUGGUUGAUCGAUAUCUGGUGCAUCGUGUCCAUCAAAUGUGGCAGGAUUACUAUAACGAGAUGGCCACGAGGAUCCAAGCGUUCUGGCGUGGUUAUUGGAUCAGGAAAACCGUCCUUGACAUAGAGAAAAUGCGACGAUGGUUGAACGAAGUCUAUGCGAAGAACGAGGAAACCGUGAAGAACAUGAAGAGGUUCAAACAGGAAGAGAUAGAAUGCGUGCAGACGAUAAUCGAACAAGAGUCCAUGCAGUGGAUACUGUUCAUCCUCUUCAAGUUACAUCAUUUGCUGAGAACGAAGCAACGACCAGGUGUGUUUACCAGAAUCGACAACACACGGUUUACUUUGAUCGAGGAGAUGCUGAGAUGCUUGGAAUAUAAACGCUACAUGCGCGAUAAGAGGACGAAGUUAAAGAGGAAAUGUGAGGAUUGUCAAAUUGAUAGGAAACCAACGUUGAUCUUACGUGGAACGUACUAUGAAAGAUGCGAGAAAGAGAUUCACGAAAUUCGGAAAAAUCUGGAAGCGGGAGCCGUGCCAAUAUAUAGAAGUGAACCAUACGAGGAGCAUGAGAAGAGCAUUCGCGAAGUAAACCGGAUGCGCUUAGUAAGUUCCAUAGACGAAGCGUACGAAACAAGUUCCCGACGAAAAAUCGAGAUGAAGAAUGACAAACAACGGAAGGUGUGCUCUUUGAGAAAAGAAUUCGAACAGCAAGCUUGUUGCAUCAAAGAGGCCGAACUCUGCGAGAAAAUUAAGAAAAUGGAUUGUCACCUAAACCAACUCCGCUUGAAAUGUCCUAUUCACGAUCCUCCGUGUCAAAAAUGA